UCACUUUACUUCACUCACUUUGAUACUGAAUCAUUCUCCAUCUUGGUCCUCUUCUCACCCACCAUACCUCUUCCCUUCUUCACACCUCCUGUCCUUUACCUCUCGUUCUCGUCGACCCUUGCUAGUCGCUUCUAACACAGUGUGUGUCGGCUCGCUCUGUUCCUCUCAACCUGAUAGCAUCUCCAUAAUCGGAUCUUCAUUAUCAGUCCUCAAGUUUCUUGCUCUCAUUGGUCCAAGAUGUCGUCUCUACUGUCCAAAUCCACUUCUCGCUCAAAGUCCAGAGCAGAAUCGACGCCAGCGACUGGGGCAUCAUCGGUCGGGUCCACCCCUAGCACGUCUCGCCACUCCGUUAUGACCUCCUCGCAGCUCGCCAUGACAGGAUUGUAUCCUCCGCAGACUUACAAGAACUUAAAUGAGCUCGCCAAGACCGUCGCAGCCACGAAGGAAAAGCUCAAGUCUCAGGAUAUUAGCCCGUAUCUGUCAUUUAAGCAUGUUUCUGCUCAGGAUUUCAAAUUCUUAGACGAAAAUCGAGCAAAAUUGUGCAACACCGUUCGUCUGAGCUACUUCGGAGAUAUAUCAGUGUUAAUUAUCAAGCUGGUUACUCCCGAGCACGAGACUGCUCACAAUCAACUUGCUCAAGUACUUGCUCCAAUAAUCCUCAGGGAUAUGGGCGUCGAUGAAGACGAGUGGCUGGCCCAGGGGGCAAAGCGCUAUACGGGUCAGAAUGCUUCAGAGAAAGAGGCUGAUAGGUCGUGGAGAAAUGUGAACCUAAGACCAGCUCGCGGUUCGUGGCCUCAUUUUGUGAUAGAAGCCGGCGUAUCCGAGUCCAUGCCUCGCCUACGCCAGGAUGCUGCAUGGUGGAUCAGUCAUUCGGGUGGCCAUGUACUUCUGGUCCUGCUGAUCAAAGUUUCCACGACAACCAAGACUAUAAUCUUUGAGAAAUACUUUCCGAAACCACGAGCUCAGCCUGGUACGAGAGCGCGAACUACUUGGGGCCCCAUCUGGGAACCUGAACUGAUUUCGACUACGGAAGUUCGACAUGGAGCAAAACCUACUGUACAAGGCGCCCCCAUCGUGCUAGAAUUUGAUCGUGUCAUCGGUAGACCCCCGGUCCAACCUGAGCAGGAUAUUCUCUAUACGGAUCGAAUGCUGUUACGCCUGGCUCGUCAAGUCCUCGACAAUUGAUGAGGCACCGGGUGGUUGCUGUCAAGACAAUCAUGAGGAUUCGAGGACGAUGCUUGUCUUUGGCAUUUCACGCUUGAGGUUGUGCUUACAG